UCAUAGUUUGUCCCCAACACAAGGGAGCUUAUUCUGAACAGAAAGGAUGUCACCAUGUUAUGCAAUGGUCAACUUAAUGGUGAGCUUAUCUACAGAGUAACAGCUCUUCGCCUGCGAUGUUUCCAUGAUGAGGCUGACAAAUUUCCAUCUGGUUUCCUCCAAAAGUUUAUCAAUCUCAUAAUGCUUAAGGUGACAUGUAGUUCCUUCACAUACAUUUUCUCGAGUGGAAGCGAAUGCGCUGGACAUUCUGAAACAACUAUGAAGUUGAGAAUUUUAGUACUUGUUCAGUUAGAUAACCUCGAGUUUAUAUGUGAAGAGAAAUCUGAGGUGCAAUCAGUUAUUCAAAAUAUUGAAACUUUGAGUGUACAUAGAUGUUCUAGGCUGAAGAACAUCGUUCCAUCCUCGGCUUUCUUUGAGAAUUUAGAGCAGUUGGAAGUGGUAAAUUGCGGUGGACUGGAAUAUAUUAUGAAAUCAUCAACAAUUACCAAUUUACCAAAACUUCGAAAAUUAUGCAUAGAUUUUUGUGAAAAGAUAGAAGUAAUCGUUGCAAGUGAUGAUGAGAAUGAUGCUUCGGAGUUAUCAUUUAUGAAAUUGGGGUAUCUGCGAUUGAAUAACUUACCAAGGCUAAGAAGUUUUUGUAAAGGAAGACAUGACUUCAAAUUUCCACUAUUGAGGACGUUAUUUGUAAUAAACUGUCCCAUGAUGGAAACUUUCUCAAAUGGUAUGUUGAACGCACCAAAGCUCAUAGAAGUACGUGUAACACCGCAAGAUGAUCGUUGGAAUGGUGACCUUAACACUACUAUAAAAAAAAUUGCAGUGAAAAGGAACUCUACCGAUGAUUAGGUUUGUCCUCAAAGUUUAAUGGAGGGUCAACUAGAUAAUUCGUUGCAAUCACCUGGUUGUAUCUUCAUGUUUCCCAAUCAAAGCUAGUCGGCUAAUCUCGAAUGGCACUAAGCAUUUACCACUUCUGUCGCUUGUAUCAGUUUAAUGACUUUUCUAUGAUAACGACUUCUGUCGCUUGUUCUCUGUUGUUUACAAAACUAAUCUCUACUAAACUUUCCUCUCUCAGUUAAUCAAUUAAUAUUCCUUGUUUUCAUUUAAA